AUGACAACUCAACGAUAUAAAGAAAAUAAGAAAAUGGACAAGUGUCCUAAAGCGCUUUUGAGGUACAAAGAAUGUUUAAAGCCAUUCAGACUCAACCAAAUAAGGUUAAUUAAAAAGAAAAGAAUGAAAAUUACAUUUGGUCGGCGCAAUGCAACAACUUUACCAUGUGUGGCCUUCAAGUGCACAUGGCAUGAGAAAAUUCUGGAAAACAAAACUUGGCUCUGGCCACCACCCUUUUUAGUCCAACUUAGCUUUCCAAUUGGCGAUAUUCUCUUUUCCAUGCAAUUAGUCAACAGAUGGAAGAAACUAACCGCUUUAGAGUUGAAAUCAGCCGUACAGAUAAGUAAAACAAAUAAGUGGUAUAUUCCAAGCAAUUUAAGGCAAAACUACGGUUUGAAUCUAUCCUUAUUCAUCAACAAUAUUCCUUUUCAUUUCUUAGAAAAGAAAAAUAGAAAGCAGACGUGA